AUGGCGCCUCCAACGCCGGUUUUCGGCAGAGAAGAGCUAGAAAUGGUCAGAAUCAAAGCAAAGGGACCUUGCCAGUUGAAAUCGCUAGUUCAGAAUGAAUGCGAGUUCAACGGACAUAACUACGUUUGUAUUCCAUUCAAGAGAGUUUUUGAAGAGUGCAUUGUGGGUGGAAAGCAGCAGAAAAUACGUCUGGAGGUUACAAGUGAAAGUACAAAUGCUGUGAUUGAUGCGACGGUGGCACGGUUUUGGUCUAGUGUAAAGAAAUUGGAGUGA